AUGGCCCCGACCCUCCUGCGCUCCGCCCACCUCGUCAACCACCAGAAGAAGCACGUCUCGUUCGACGACGAUGCCCUCGCCCGCCUGAGCGGGCCCGAAUCGUCCGGCAGCGGCGCCACCCUCGACGACGCGCUCGUCGAGGAAGAGGACCACGCAGUCGACGUCGUCAGGGAUGCGUAUGGAUCGCUGCCAGCCAAGCAGGGCCUGUACGACCCCGAGGAGGAGAAGGACUCGUGCGGCGUCGGAUUCGUCUGCCACAUCAAGGGCAAGCCCAGCCACAAGAUUGUCAGCGAUGCCAAGCACCUCCUCUGCAACAUGACCCACCGCGGAGCCACUGGUGCCGACUCGCGCGACGGCGACGGCGCAGGCGUCAUGGUCGGCCUCCCUCACGCCUUCAUGGUCCGCGAGGGCGAGCGCGAGAUUGGCCACAAGUUGCCCGGCCAGGGCGAGUACGCGGUCGGCAACGUCUUUUUCCGCAAGCCCUCGUCGCCCGACUGGCACAACGACCAGACCCUCCGCGAGCAGCAGAAGAAGUUCGCCGACAUUGCCGACUCGCUCGACUUGCGCGUCCUUGGAUGGCGACUCGUCCCGACCGACGGAACGAUCCUCGGUCCGGCCGCCCUCUCGCGCGAGCCGCUCAUCCUCCAGCCUUUCGUCGUCCUCAAGAGCCACUACGGCACCGAGACGAAGCCGGCGCAGGGCACGACGUUCGACGAGAAGUAUUUUGAGCGCCAGCUGUACGUCCUCCGCAAGCAGGCGACGCACACGCUCAAGCUCGAGAGCGGGUUCUACAUCUGCUCGCUCUCGCCCAAGAACAUCGUCUACAAGGGACAGCUCUCGCCGCCGCAGGUCUACAACUACUACCACGACCUGAACCACGUCCUCUUUGCGUCGCACUUCUGCCUCGUCCACUCGCGCUUCUCGACCAACACCUUUCCGUCGUGGGACCGCGCGCAGCCGAUGCGCUGGGCUGCGCACAACGGCGAGAUCAACACGGUGCGCGGGAACAAGGCGUGGAUGCGCGCAAAGGAGGGCAACAUGAAGUCUUCGACGUUUGGCGACGAGCUCGAGCUGCUGUACCCGAUCGUCGAGGCGGGCGGGUCCGACUCGGCCGCGUUCGACAACGUCCUCGAGUUGCUCGUCGUCAACGGCGUCCUCUCCCUCCCCGAGGCCGUCAUGGUCAUGGUCCCCGAGUCGUUCCAGAACAACCCCGACAUGGAGGCGGACAAGCGGGCGUUCUACGAGUGGGCCGCGUGCAUCAUGGAGCCCUGGGACGGACCGGCGCUCUUCACCUUCUCCGACGGGAGGUACUGCGGCGCCAACCUCGACAGGAACGGUCUCCGCCCGUGCAGGUGGGUCACCACGAACGAGGACAUCAUGGUCUGCGCGUCCGAGGUCGGAGCCAUCACCAUCGAGCCGGAGAAGGUCACCCGCAAGGGUCGCCUCCAGCCGGGCAAGAUGCUCCUUGUCGACACGGUCGAGGGACGCAUCGUCGACGACAAGGAGCUCAAGCACAACUCGGCCAAGCGACAGCCGUUCGCCAACUGGAUCGCGAGGGAGCUCCUCCGCCUCCCCGAGAUCAUGGCCAAGGAGAAGGCCAAGGGCGCCGAGUUGAGCGUCGAGUUGGACGACUCGACCGUCUCGACCGACCCGCGCCUGCUCGCUGCCGGAUACUCGUUCGAGCAGCUCGACUUGCUCCUCCGCCCGCUCGUCAACGACGGAAAGGAGGCCCUCGGGUCGAUGGGCAACGACGCCCCGCUCGCGUGCAUGGCCACCGCCCCGCGCAUCCUCUACGACUACUUCCGACAGCUCUUUGCGCAGGUCACGAACCCGCCCAUCGACCCCAUCCGCGAGGCACUCGUCAUGUCGCUCGAGUCGACUGUCGGCGCCGGACCGAACGUCCUCGAGAUGAACGCCAAGCAGUGCGGUCGCCUCCUCCUCCCUUCGCCCGUCCUCACGAUCGAGGAGACCAACGCCCUCAAGCGCCUCAGCAUUGUCUACUCGGACUGGCAGUCGCGCACGAUCGACAUCACCUUUGACAAGGCCGAGGGCGUCCAGGGCUACGUCCGCUGCCUCGACCGCGUCUGCGCCGAGGUCACGCAGGCCAUCGCCGACGACAUCCGCGUCGUCAUCCUCUCGGACCGCAACGUCGGCCCUUCGCGCGUCGCCAUCUCGUCGGCCGUCGCGACCGGCGGCGUGCACCACCACCUUGUCCGCAAUAAGCAGCGCAACAAGGUCGCACUCGUCGUCGAGUCGGCCGAGGCGCGCGAGGUCCACCACGUCUGCGUCCUCGUCGGAUACGGCGCAGACGCCGUCAACCCGUACCUCUGCCUCGAGGCGAUGCUCAAGCUCCGCCGUGAGGGCCUCCUCAAGGGCGACUUGACCGAGCAGCAGGUCGUCGACAACUACAAGCACGCCGUCGACAACGGCAUCCUCAAGGUCAUGUCCAAGAUGGGCAUCUCGGUCCUCUCGAGCUACAAGGGCGCGCAGGUCUUCGAAGCCCUCGGUCUCGCCGAGGAGGUCGUCGAGCGAUGCUUUACCGGUACGGCGUCGCGCAUCCAGGGCGCCACCUUUGAGAUGUUGGCUCUCGACGCGCUCGAGACGCACGAGCGAGGCUACCCCUCGCGCGAGACGGUCCUCCCGCCUGGUCUUCCCGAGACGGGCGAGUACCACUGGCGCGACGGCGGCGAGGCGCACAUCAACGACCCUGCCGGCCUCGCUUCCCUCCAGGACGCCGUCCGCGAGAAGAACCAGGCCUCGUACGACGCCUACGCCGCCAACGCCCUCCGACAGGUUCGCGCCGUCACCCUCCGCGGUCUGCUCGACUUUGAGUUCUCCAAGGGCCAGGCGAUCCCGAUCGAGCAGGUCGAGCCGUGGCACGAGAUUGUCAAGCGCUUCGUCACGGGCGCCAUGUCGUACGGUUCAAUCUCGAUGGAGGCGCACUCGACGCUCGCCAUCGCCAUGAACCGCAUCGGCGGCAAGUCGAACACGGGCGAGGGAGGCGAGGACGCCGAGCGGAGCGACUACCUCCCGAACGGCGACACGAUGCGCUCCGCCAUCAAGCAGAUCGCGUCCGGUCGCUUCGGCGUCACGUCCAACUACCUCGCCGACGCCGACGAGCUCCAGAUCAAGAUGGCGCAGGGUGCCAAGCCUGGAGAGGGAGGAGAGCUCCCCGGCCACAAGGUCUCCAAGUCGAUCGCCCGCACCCGUCACUCGACCGCCGGCGUCGGCCUCAUCUCUCCGCCCCCGCACCACGACAUCUACUCGAUCGAGGACUUGAAGGAGCUCAUCUACGACCUCAAGUGCGCGAAUCCUCGCGCUCGCGUCUCGGUCAAGCUCGUCUCGGAGGUCGGCGUCGGUGUCGUCGCUUCGGGUGUCGCCAAGGCUCGCGCCGACCACAUCCUCGUCUCGGGUCACGACGGCGGUACGGGUGCCUCGCGAUGGACCGGUAUCAAGUACGCAGGCUUGCCUUGGGAGCUCGGUCUCGCCGAGACUCACCAGACGCUCGUCCUCAACGACUUGCGCGGCCGCGUCACGCUUCAGACGGACGGGCAGAUCCGCACGGGUCGCGACGUCGCCAUCGCUUGCUUGCUCGGUGCCGAGGAAUGGGGCUUUGCUACCACGCCGCUCAUCGCGAUGGGCUGCGUCAUGAUGCGAAAAUGCCACCUCAACACUUGCCCCGUCGGCAUCGCCACGCAGGAGCCCGAGCUCCGCAAGAAGUUCACGGGCACGCCUGAGCACGUCAUCAACUUCUUCUUCUACGUCGCAGAGGAGCUUCGCGGCAUCAUGGCCAAGCUCGGCUUCCGCACGAUCAACGAGAUGGUCGGCCGGUCCGACAUGCUCAAGGUCGACGAGUCGCUGCGGAACCCGAAGACGGCCAACCUCGAUCUGUCGGCGCUCCUCAAACCCGCAUGGCAGAUGCGUCCCGGCGUCGCGACCUACAAGUGCCGCGCGCAGGAGCACAAGCUCUACCUCCGCCUCGACAACAAGCUCGUCGACGAGGCCGAGCUCUCCCUCACCAAGGGUCUCCCGACUCGCAUCGAGUGCAACGUCGUCAACACCGACCGCGCGCUCGGCACGACGCUCUCGAACCACGUCUCGAAGCGCUACGGCGAGGAGGGUCUCCCGAAGGACACGAUCCACGUCUACGCCAAGGGGUCUGCUGGCCAGUCCCUCGGCGCCUUCCUCGCGCCCGGCAUCACGAUCGAGCUCGAGGGCGACACGAACGACUACCUCGGCAAGGGCCUUUCCGGCGGCAGGUUGAUCCUGUACCCGCCCGAGGUCCUCACUCAGCCCGGCUCGGCGUUCAAGUCGGAGGAGAACAUCAUCUGCGGCAACACCUGCCUCUACGGCGCGACGAGCGGCCAGGCGUACAUCCGCGGUAUCGCCGCCGAGCGUUUCGCCGUCCGCAACUCGGGCGCGACUGCCGUCGUCGAGGGAUGCGGCGACCACGGCUGCGAGUACAUGACCGGCGGCCGCGUCGUCGUCCUCGGCUCAGUCGGCCGGAACUUCGCUGCCGGCAUGUCGGGCGGCAUCGCCUACGUCUUUGACGCGCAGAAGGACUUCCGCGCCAAGGUCAACAUGGAGAUGGUUGAGCUCGACACGGUCAACGACCCGCACGAGAUUGCGGAGCUUCGCGGCAUGAUCGAGGACCACAAGCAUUACACUGGCUCCGAACUCGCCUCGUCGAUCCUCCGCUCGUUCAACCAGGUCCUCCCGCGCUUCGUCCGCGUCAUGCCGCUCGACUACAAGGCGGUCCUCGAGGCCGAGGCUGCGCGCGCCGCCGCCGAGAAGAAGCGCAAGUUUGCCCCCGCCAAGCCGACGCCCAUCGUCGAUGCGUCCAAGGCGGCCGCCGUCCCGAUCGAGAACGGCUCGAAGGCCGCCGAACCCGCCGUCGUCGACCUCGAGGACUCGAUGGUCGACGAGGCGACCGCCAAGAAGCGCAUCGAGACGCUCGACAAGGUCAAGGGCUUCAUGAAGUACAAGCGCCUGACCGAGCCGUACCGCAACCCGCGCAAGCGUGUCAAGGACUGGGCCGAGCUCUCGAGCCGCCUCAGCGACGACGAGUGUAAGGUGCAGACGGCGCGGUGCAUGGACUGCGGCGUUCCGUUCUGCCAGUCCGACACGGGCUGCCCUAUCGGCAACAUCAUCCCCAAGUGGAACGACCUCGUCUUCAAGGGGCAAUGGCGAGACGCGCUGAACCGCCUCCUCAUGACCAACAACUUCCCCGAGUUCACCGGUCGUGUCUGCCCCGCACCGUGCGAGGGCGCCUGCGUCCUCGGCAUCAACGAGCAGCCCGUCGGUAUCAAGUCGAUCGAGUGCGCCAUCAUCGACAAGGGCUUCGAGAUGGGCUGGAUGGUUCCUGCUCCUCCCGCCGUCCGCACCGGCAAGCGCGUCGCCAUCAUCGGCUCAGGCCCCGCCGGUCUCGCCGCUGCCGACCAGCUCAAUAAGGCCGGCCACCUCGUCACCGUCUACGAACGCCAGGAUCGCUUCGGUGGUCUCCUCAUGUACGGCAUUCCGAACAUGAAGCUCGACAAGCGCACUGUGCAGCGACGAAUCGACUUGAUGGCUGCCGAGGGGGUCCAGUUCGUCAACAAGGCGCACGUCGGCGUCACGCACGACAUCAACAACAUUCGCGCCGAGAGCGAUGCGUUGAUCAUGGCUACUGGCGCGACCUGGCCUCGCGACCUCAAGAUGAAGAACCGCGACCUCGACGGCAUCCACUUUGCGAUGGAGUUCCUCACGCAGAACACGCGCAGCCUGCUCGACUCGAACCUCGAGGACGGGCGGUACAUCGAUGCGCGCGGCAAGGACGUGCUUGUUAUCGGAGGAGGUGACACGGGCAAUGACUGCAUCGGCACUUCGCUUCGUCACGGCGCCAAGUCGGUCACCAACUUUGAGCUGCUUCCUCAGCCGCCUUCGGUGCGUGCGGGAGACAACCCCUGGCCACAGUGGCCCAAGGUGUUCCGCGUCGACUACGGGCACACCGAGGUCGCCGCCCACUUUGGCAAGGACCCUCGCGAGUACUCGAUCUCGACGAAGGAGUUCAUCUCGGACGGGAACGGCAAGAUCAAGGGUGUCAACACGGUCCGGGUCGAGUGGACGAAGAACGCGCUUGGCCAGUGGCAGAUGAGCGAGAUCCCCGGGUCGGAGCAGUUCUUCCCCGCCGACCUCAUCUUCCUCGCGCUCGGGUUCCUCGGACCCGAAGAGGCGGCGAUCAAGGCCCUUGGGAUCGCGCAGGACGGCAGGUCGAACGUCAAGACUCCCGCGGGCAAGUACGCGACGAGCGUCGAGGGCGUCUUUGCGGCCGGAGACUGCAGGCGCGGUCAGUCGCUUGUCGUUUGGGGUAUCAACGAGGGACGGUCGGCGGCGGCCGAGGUCGACAGGUUCCUCACGGGCGACACGCGCCUGCCUCUUGCUGGGUCGAUCAAGGUCCGCUCGUUUGCGCCCGCCAAGUACACCAACAAGCAGCCCCAGCAGCCCGUCCAGGUCGAGGCCGUCGCCGCCUAA